CGUUCAGUUUGUCGCAACACUUUCAAGCGAAUGUAUGGCGUUGUACAACAAUGUAUAGUUAUAAAGAAAAGCGAAUAUGUUUUUAAAAACGUAUUUUCAGACAAUGAAAGGAAUAAGCGAAAACCUAAAUGUCUAUAUUGAUGUUUUAAGAGCGUUUCCCGACUCGAGCCUCCUCUAUAGACCUUCUCAUAGGCUUGUUGUCGCUGCCCUCUGAUUGGACCAGCGGCCUCUGCCGAGAAUCAGCGAACAAUCAAAGAUUGUCUAUGCAGCCAAGAGCCACCCAACCGUCACGAUUGUAAACAUUGUGGUAUUCUCUUGUUAUGUAUUACUUCGUUUUUUUUUCUCACAGAGACGGACCUAUUCCCAAUGAUUAUAAUUAACUACUCUAAAUAAUUUACUUUGUGCCUUGUUCUAUUGCGCCUGAUGACUUGUGCGGAGUGGGCCUUCUUUGCAAGCAGGCCCUCUGUGCAGCCAGGAGCUCAGAGGCGAUGAGAGGGGAGGGCAGACAGCACAGGGGACUGGGUGGGAGCAGGAGGGAUGCGAGGGUGGAAGCAGGAGAAGAAGAAAGACAUAGUGGUGAGGAUCAUCUCUCUGAUGCUGAGUCACAUAACCAAGGGACCACAUCCCCAUGAGUCUUUGGGAAUAAUGGAGGAGCUUGAACACACUUGCCCCCAUCCUCGGACGACGCUGACCAAGCCUGCCAUCUUCGCCGCAGAGAGCAGCUGCGAUUGCCGCGCCCCUCACGAGAAGCUAACUGUCGCUCAGGCCCGCAAAGGAACCCCAGUGGACCGUCCAGUGAGAGUGUAUGCCGAUGGCAUCUUUGACCUCUUCCACUCUGGCCAUGCCCGUGCUCUCAUGCAGGCCAAGAACCUCUUCCCUAACACCUACCUCAUUGUGGGAGUGUGCAGUGAUGAUCUGACCCAUAAGUACAAAGGCUUCACGGUCAUGACAGAGAUAGAACGAUACGAAGCGCUACGACACUGCCGCUAUGUCGAUGAGGUACUCAGGGAUGCUCCUUGGACGCUCACACCCAAAUUUCUGGAGGAACACAAGAUCGAUUUUGUGGCUCAUGAUGAUAUCCCAUACUCCUCAGCAGGGAGCGAGGAUGUCUACAAACACAUCAAGGAGGCAGGGAUGUUCGUGCCUACACAACGCACGGAGGGCAUCUCCACGUCAGACAUUAUCACUAGAAUUGUCAGAGACUACGACGUCUACGCCCGGCGCAACCUCCAACGUGGCUAUACGGCCAAGGAACUCAACGUCAGCUACAUCAAUGAAAAGAAGUACCGGCUGCAGAACCAAGUGGACCGGAUGAAGGAGAAGGUUCGUAACGUUGAGGAAAAGAGCAAACAUUUUGUUUACCGUGUGGAAGAGAAGAGUCACGACCUCAUUCAGAAGUGGGAAGAGAAAUCCCGCGAGUUUAUCGGUAACUUCCUGGAGCUAUUUGGACCUGAUGGGACAUGGAAGCAGGUGUUUCAGGAGCGCAGCGGCCGAAUGCUGUCCUACGCUAUGUCUCCCAGAGAAUCCCCCUGCAGCAGCCCGCCGCGUGAACUGUCUCCCCAGCGCUCACCUUCGCCCCCGUCUCCUCCCGACCGCUGGCACAAUGCACGGCCCUCGCCGCCAACCUCCCCCAAAGGAGCGUUGGCCUCCAUCAGCAGCAUGAGUGAAGGCGACGAGGAUGACGUGGACACUCCCACAAGCUCACGUUACUCACAGAACACUGCCUGACAGCUUGCGUGCGCGCACACACACACACGCACACACACUUCCCACACACUGGAUGGAUACCAAAACACUUUACCUCAAGGAAAAUACAGUAGCCGUGGGAAUUCUGUGCAGCUGGGUUGUCGGGGUGACCCACGCAGAAUAAGGUGGAUGAUGAAGGUUCACUGUAUAACAGAAAAAUGUGCACUCGUCACAGUAGAUUGCUGAAAGAAACAUUCCUGCAGCCUUGUCAAGCCACAUACUGUUUUGUCUUUUUUUUUAGGAGAGCACUGUCUCUUUGGGAGGCCAUCUUUUUUUAAGUAGGACAGUCAUAAUAUAAACACAGCGCUAUUAAAACACUUUCAAUACUGUACAUUAUUCAGUUGACAACUAAACCGCACUAAGGCAUUUAAAUUGAAAGCAGAAGAUGACAAACAGGAAAUGAAAGGCAAAGAGGGGUUGUUGAUUGAUUGAAACUUGUACUAGAAGAUUGCACAGUACAGUACAUAUUCCGUACAAUUGAUCACUAAAUGGUAACACCCGAAUAAGUUUUCCAACUUGUUUAAGUCGGGGUCCACGUAAAACAAUCCAUAGUAAAAAAAAAAGGGGGAAAAAAAGGUGCUGCUGUGAAAUGAAGGUAAAUCCAAUUUUCUGAUUUUGGUCUUUUUGACUCAAUUGUAAUGGUUCCAUGUUACCAAUGUAUACAUGUUUUGUCUUUUAAUGACAACAAUGACAAAACUUUGUGUUUGUGUAGUUAAUUGGUAAGGCGGGCUCGGGUACACUGCAUAUAGUACCCGGAUGCUUAGCUAAACUUUCACGCUAACUUUGAGGAUUGUUUUACUUCGACCAUAAACAACAAUUUAAGCAAUAAUGUGUUGGUGAAACAGCUGUAUAAUGUUAAUAGGACAAAUUAAACAGUAGGUUUUCACCAAUAGCUGUAUAACGUUAAUAGGACACAUUAAAAAGUGCGGUUUGUUCAUGAACGCAAGAGCUUACCUGUCAAGUGUGUGCAGGAUCGGUGCUUCACACUAGAAAAUAUUCUCCUUUUAAAACCGUAAAACUAAUUCAUAAUACAACUCGCUCAUAAAUGUAAAUGUUUUGUCUUUCAUAAUACUGUAUUACCUUCGACUAAAGUUGACAGAAUACAUAACAUUUAUGUACCAGUACUUAACUCGCUGAAGCAGGCGCCGAGGCACGUGAUCACGUGACCGGGUGUUGGCGUCAAUUAGAUAGCAAAGUUACGUCAUCGUGACCCGGAUGUUGGCGUUCAUUAAUUUUAGAUGGGCAAACUUGAUGUUAUGUAUGUUUGAAUGAAGCAGACUGCAAAUAAAAACAUUUUGGCACUACUA